UUUCUCUUGUAGCAAAAACGUAGAUGAACGCUGUCAACAUUUUGGCGGAGGUUGGCAGUUCCCUGCCAGACCGCUGGCCGUUGAUCAGCUGGUGAGGCUAACAUUAGCCUGCUAGCUGGCUAACGAGCUAGUUGAGUAGGCUAUCCCUUAGUCGAACAUAGAGCUUUUUGAUUUACCGAAAGCUUACUGCGAUUGAUUUUUGACAUGACAGCCAUCUCCAACAUAUAACGUAUCUAAUGUGACUAUAAGACCACAGGUCAAGCUUGCCUUGAUGUGAGACAUCUUGUAGAGCAUGCAGCCAUGAGCUCUGCCUUGUGGAGCCAGGAGAAGCCCAGUGGGGGCUUCAGGGAGGACUGGCGCUUCUACAUGGUGGUGAAGGAGUGUACGGUAGAAAAGCCUCCCCAGAAGACCCUAAGGAUACCCCGCGGCAGUCUAGGCCAAGCCUGCCAGGAACGCAACAGCCUGGGGCGCACAUUGCCUCCAAGCAAGGGCAAGAGGAGUCUCCGCAUCCUGGACCAAACCAAUGUGGUGCUUAGCCUGGACGAACGGGAUGUUCUGGAGCUGGAUGAGAAGCUGGCCGAGCUGCUUUUCCCUAUCACCAACUGUGAAGAGCGAUAUGCCCUGCUGUGUAACAAGCCUCGCUUGGAGAGUGCCCGCAACAUCGAUUGCGGAUCAAAGGUGCAGGUCCAGCUGCGCUCAGGGGAUGAUCCCCUGCCAGGGGUGGUCCGAUUUAAGGGCUCGCUGCUCCCUGACAGGGCCCUCUCAGGAAUCUGGUUUGGAGUGGAAUUGCUGGAGGAGGGCCGGGGCCAGGGCUUCACGGAGGGUUCCUACCAGGGCCGGCAGCUUUUCCGCUGUGAGGAUGAGUGUGGUGUUUUUGUUGCCCUUGAUAAGCUGGAGCUGUGGGAGGAUGAGGAGGAAGAGCUGGGGGAACUGGAGGUGGACCAUGUCACUCUGGUGGAAGAAGAGCAAGACUUUCCUCCACUGGAGAUAAACUCCAGGGUCCUGGUACAGACCAGGGAGGGACCUGAGAGAGGCACCAUAAUCUUCUGUGACCUGCUGCCAGGCAAUGAGAGCCUGGGCUACUAUGUGGGAGUUGACAUGGACAAUCCUAUUGGGGACUGGGAUGGUGUGUUUGAUGGAAAGCUGCUUUGUAAUUUCGCCAGCUUGGAGCACACUCGUCUUGUCCCCAUCUGUGACGUAAUGCCAGAAUAUUCCAUGCAGGACCAAAGACUGCAAAAGCACAGUUUUGCCCCCAGAGGCACCAGCAGUGACAAGUCCUCGUCUGGCCAAAGCAAACCAAAGAACAAAGUUGGGGAAGAUCCUGCCAAGUCUCUCACAGACACACCCCCUGACUUCAACCAAGCCUCCCCGCCCUCCAGGGCCCCACCCUCUUCCUCUUUGUCCAGUGAUAACAAGUUUCACUCGCUGCCCUUCAGCCUGAACCGCAAGACUGGGCCCAAUGGCAGUAUGAGCCAUGGGCCUCUCUCCCUUUCUGUCCAAUCAGUGAUGGGAGAGCAGCCCGAGCCCCCACCCCCACCUGCUGCCCCUCCUUCACCGCGGCCCCCCACGCCUCCCCGCGGGCAGUCCGGUCUAGAGGUGGGCUCUCUAGUGGAGGUGAAAGAGAACCCCCCUCUGUGUGGGGUCAUUCGCUGGGUGGGCCUGCCCCCCGGUCUACUGGAGCCUUUAGCUGGGCUGGAGCUGGAAGAAGAAUGCGUUGGUUGCACAGACGGCACCUUCAAGGGCACACGCUACUUCAGCUGCCCGCCCAAGAAAGCCCUGUUUGUGAAGCUAAAGUGCUGCCGCCCUGACUCCCGCUUCCCCUCCCUGCACCACUCGUCAAACCCUAUAGAGCGCUGUAACUCAAUCGCUUUUGGUGGUUACCUGAGUGAGGUGGUGCACGAGAACACUCCUCCGCGUACAGAGAAUGAUGGUUUAGAUGUCAUGGUGGGGAAAAAGAAAGGCAUCCAGGGCCACUACAACUCCUGCUACCUGGACUCAACUCUCUUCUGUCUUUUUUCUUUCAGCUCAGUCUUGGACACUGUUCUGCUUAGGCCACGCUCCAAGACAGAUGUGGAGUAUUACAGAGAGACCCAAGAGCUGUUACGCACAGAGAUCGUCAACCCCCUGCGCAUACAUGGAUAUGUGUGUGCCACCAAAGUGAUGAAGCUGAGGAGGAUUCUGGAGAAGGUGGAAGCUGCCUCUGGAUUUACCUCUGAAGAGAAAGACCCAGAGGAGUUCCUCAAUAUACUUUUCCACCACAUACUUAGAGUGGACCCCUUGCUCAGGCUAAGGUCUGCUGGGCAGAAGGUCCAGGACUGUUACUUUUAUCAGAUCUUCAUGGACAAGAAGGACAAGGUUGGAGUUCCUACCAGCCAACAGCUCAUUGAGUGGUCCUUCAUCAAUAGUGACCUCAAGUUUGCUGAGGCUCCAUCCUGCCUUAUCAUCCAGAUGCCCCGCUUUGGCAAGGACUUCAAAAUGUUCAACAAGAUCUUUCCCUCGCUUGAGUUAGACAUCACAGACCUACUUGAAGACACUCCAAGGGAAUGUCGAAUCUGUGGCGGUCUGGCUCUCUACGAGUGCCGUGAGUGUUACGACGAUGGGGACAUCACUGCUGGCAAGAUCAAGCAGUUCUGUGAAAAGUGCAAUACACAGGUUCACCUCCACCCAAGGAGGAAGGCCCAUCGGCAUGGCAAACUGUCCGUCCCCAAGGAGCUACAAGAGGGUGUGGGCCGGCAGGGUAACUUCCCUCGCCAGAGGAUGGAGCUGUUUGCUGUGCUCUGCAUCGAAACCAGUCACUACGUGGCCUUCGUCAAGUAUGGCGCUGCGGAUUCCGCCUGGCUUUUCUUUGACAGUAUGGCAGACCGUGAUGGUGGGCAGAACGGGUUCAACAUCCCACAAGUGUCUCCCUGUCCAGAAGUUGGGGCCUACCUUAAGAUGACCCCCGAGGAGCUACAUGCAUUGGACCCCAAAAGCAUCCAGGGACAGGCCCGCCGGCUGCUGUGUGAUGCCUACAUGUGCAUGUACCAGAGCUCUACUAUGAGCCUGUACAAGUAAAAACCCUCAGCUGCCCAGCUAUCCCACCUCUAGGGCAGGAGAUAUCCAGAGACCAAAAAAAUAAAACUGAAAGAAAAAGGACUGGCAGCCACAUGGGAAUGCUGUCUAGAGUUAACCCUCUUCACCCUGUCUUUCCUCAAUUCUUGCCCAUGUCUCCAAGACCAGGAGACCAAGGAGUGGAGGAGAAGCCUAUUUGCACUGUGCAUUAGUUUAAGUGUUGCGUUAUUCACGUAGUCCUCUGUAGCUUCCCUGUGCCUCAAAACUGAGCCUUGGUGGCAUGUGAUCCAGCAAAGAUCUACGUCUUGUGGAGGGGGGCAAGAAAGAGAAACUAGGGUGGGAGGGCGUGUCAGCCUUGUCUCAGUCGAACAAACACAUGCAACAUAAACAAGGAAAACGAACAAGAGGACAGAGGGCACCUCAUCUAUGUUCUAAAACAGGGAGUUUUGCUUUUCUUAAUCAGUGUAUAAAACAGGAGCUUUCCUUAAUGUCAGCACUUAGGAAGUACCACCGUGUGCAGACCCUCAUUCAGCCUGUGUGUACUGUUUGAAAAGCUCGUGUAAAAUCGCUGUAGAAUAGAAUUCACCACUGUAUCAGCCGUGUACCAUCAACAGUAUAGAUGUCCACCUACCGUACAACUUCAUAAAGACCAGAGUACUCUUCUCUGUGAACUGGUAUGGAUUUUUACCCAUCAAUGGUGUGUAGAUGUCUUAACAGCCUAUACGUUACAAUUGGAUAAUGCACAGAUGUAGCCAUUAUAAAAGUCUCACUUUGUGCUGCAUGAUUACCAAACUAAUGCUGCAUUUUUACUUUUUUAA